GAACAAAGUCUUGUUUAAUGUACUUUAAUCGAAUUGAUUUCAUUGUUUAAUUAUGAAUGGAAUCAUUGAAAACAAUUGAACUAUCCAUAGAUUGUAUAAACCUUCAUGUUAACUAUUUGAAAAUGUUUUAUAAUUAGCAAAAUAAUCAAGACAAUCAUAUCAAGUUAUUUACUUAUUGUCAUGGUGGAAAUUGUUAUUGAUCAUAGAAAACGUUCUAAAGAAAUAAGAUCUCAUGCUUACAAUCACAAAAUUGUCCGGUUUAAUUCACGAUCAGGAAAUAAUUCAUUGAAUCAAUCUACAAUAAAUAAAGAUCCUCCAGAGGAGAAAUCUAAUGAAUCAACCGUAUACAAUCAAUACUGGUCAACAAAUGAUUUACUGUCUUUUGAAUGUGACAGUAAUGAUAAUGAAAAAUGGCACCAUUCAAAUGAAACUGAAUAUCAUAGAGCUAACCUUGAUGAUAGAUUAGGUGUUAAUUUUAAUUCUGGAGUAUUUGAUUGGUCUCAAAGUGAAUCUUGGUUAAUUGUUCAAAAUGCUAUAAUAAACACCAUUCUUUGUAAACCAAAUCUAGAUAUCAGUGAAGCCGUCAAAAAUAUGAGACAACUGGUAAACUCUGGAACUGAAACAGCUACUAUUGUUGAAUAUUGUGAUAAAAAGGUGUUACGUAACACUAUGCGUACUCUUCGCAGACCGUUGGAAAAGUUAAAUGGCAAUGAAUUGAUCAGUGAACUAAUAAGAAUUUGGAAAUAUUAUAUAAACUAUAGUUAUCCUAUUAUUUUAUUAAUAUUCACUACAGUGUCAGUUCCACAAAAAACAAUUGAAUACAUGUUAGGAGCUUCCUUUUUAAAGUAUAUACUUGAGAGGAUGAAAAUUGAAGACAUUAUCAAGAAACAGAAUAACAAAAUUAAUUCGCAUGUUCGACACAUGUAUUACACAAUACUAUAUGAAUUUCCAAUGGUAAUGAUGAGAACGUUUUCAAGCUAUCACUAAUGGAUUUUAUCACUCUACAAAGAUUAUUAGACAUCCAAAAUUAUAUGAGAUAUUAUUCUAUAUUCGUUUGAUAUUGAUGUGAACAGAGAAACAAGAAGUCUUGACAAACUACGGAAGCUAUUUUUCGGCGGACGUUAUUUCAUUUAAUUCAAAGCUUGUAAAACAGUAACAUUUAUUUUUAUCCCUAGUCUAUCCUACAGAACAUAAGCUUUCGUUUAAUGUAUGAUUCAUUGUCAUAGCUCUUUUUGUUCCCAAGCUAUUGUAAUUUAAACAUAGUAUUUUGUACCCAAUUUUCUAUACUAAUCCCCAGUUUCGGAUAUAAUUGUAUCUUCUUAAUUAUUGUACGUUGUGGUCAGGUUAGUCAUCUAUUUAUUCAUGUAUCUUUUUACACUGAUCUGAAAUCGGGAACCAAAUCGGAAUUUCAUACACAUAGUUCCCUUUAUUAUUUUAAAUAGAGCAAGAACAAAGAUUGGUGCAGAAUAAUAAAUGGAUUCAUUUUAUUUCGUUAGGUUCUCAUCAGCUGCUUACAACCUAAAUUAUUUGAAAAUUCAACAUUAAUACAGAUAUUGACAUAUUGACAUACAUAAGAGUGUGAUGAAGGAUUAAUA